AUGGCGACUCGUCCACGCCCUGGCCAACCCUCUGUCCUCACUCCCUACGAUCGGAACUUCGCCAGGCCAGCAACUUUGAAAGGAUGUCCUACAAGAAAAACAUCUCUGUCGAGUCAGAAACAGCAGACAAGGUAUUCUAUACAUGGAGUGUCUCCAUCACCUAAGGGAACCCCGACAAGAUGUUCUUCCCCAGUGGCGUCUCCUCUACGCGAAGUAGACUCUAUAGGAAUUCCUACACCAUGCAAUUCUCCGUUGAGUGUAGUAGACUUGACAGAAUGUUCUACACCAAGCGCAUCUCCGUUGAGCCAAACAGACUCAACAAAAUAUCCUUCGCCUAAAGGCACAUCUACGCCAGUCUUUCAUCCGUACAACUCGCAUCCCUUCAGGCCACAAAUUCCGGUAGGGCAUCCUUCACGGGGAGAAUUUGAAGAAAUCCAAACCAUCAUUGCGCCAUACUGGCACAUCUUCAACCUUGUACUUGAAUAUGAACCAAGACUUCGCGUUCACCUUGAAAUCAACCCGUCACCUGGACUGGGCGAUCCCAUCGUCAUCUACGAGAGUGAGUAUCCACCGAUACAUGGGAGAUUGAUACAAGCAUACGGUCCCGCUGUUUAUGAUCCUUGGAUCAGUCCAGACAUGCGAAGGGGGUCUAAUAAGUUUAAUCACUGCGACUUCAGCAUCCGUGUCUUCUUAUACAUGCUCGAGCCAUUUCUGAGCCGUGUCAACGCUAGGAUAACCUGGCUCUCGGUGGUAGCAAAACCGUAUUGGGUCAUCUACUGGAAACAUUAUCAACCGUAUUCAGAAGUCCGUCAUAGCGUCUUCAACAUCGAAACUCGGUCCGGCGACGAGUACAUUGCAGACUUUACGAUUGAGCAAUUUGGCUACUCAAGCGAGUGUUGGUUGAUGGGCAAGAGUGAGUACGAGAAGCAGUGUACUAUGGGUAUCAGAAUGCGGCAACCGAGAUCUGAAGAGGUCGACGAGGCGCGGCGAGGCGAGGUUAAGUUUUGGCAUAAGAAAGCACAGGCUAUAUGGAUGGUUUGCCAAAUAAUGCAUUAUUAUGGAUUGGGUUUCAUGGACGAUGUGAUGUUCGUUAGGUGGUUGGAGUUUUGGGUGAAAGACGUUUCUUUGUAUAUGUGGCAAAGACAACCGGCUUACCAACCGAUUCAAUGA